AUGGUUACACAGGUCUCAUCUGAUUCCUAUUUAGGGGAAAAAGAUAAAUUUAGAACAGUCGUUCUCGAAGGUGAAGAGUCCAUCUCUUUAAAUAGAAAAAAUUCAAUUAAAAAAGACGAUAUCGGUGAUAACAGUGACGACACUAUUCACUUUAUUAAUGAUGAUGAAUAUAACGAGCAUGAAAUAAGUAGAACAUAUGAAGAUGAUGACGGCUUGGAUGAGGAAGGUUAUGAAGAACCUACUGAGGAGGAAUUGAAGACUCUUAGACACGUUCCAGGUAAAAUCCCUAUAAGAUGUUAUUUAAUUGCCAUUGUUGAAUUGGCCGAAAGAUUCUCUUACUAUGGUUUAUCCACCCCUUUCCAAAACUAUAUGGCUAACGGUCCGAACGACACUCCAAAGGGUCUUUUGCAAUUAAAUAGUACUGGUGCUAACGGUCUUUCUUAUUUCUUCCAGUUCUGGUGUUAUGUGACCCCAAUUUUAGGUGGUUACCUAUCAGAUACCUUCUGGGGUAAAUACAAUACUAUCUCCGCAGGUACUGGUAUAUAUCUUGUCGGUAUGUUUAUCUUGUUCAUGACCUCAAUCCCAUCCAUUACUGAUAGAGACAAAGCCCUUGGUGGUUUCAUCGCUGCCAUCAUUUUGAUCGGUUUGGCUACCGGUAUGAUUAAAGCCAACUUGUCUGUUUUAAUCGCUGAUCAAAUACCAAAGAGAAAACCAAGAGUAAAGACUUUAAAGAGUGGUGAAAGAGUUAUUGAGGACUCAAACAUCACUUUGCAAAACGUUUUCAUGGUCUUCUAUUUAAUGAUUAACAUCGGUUCUCUUUCUGUCAUUGCUACUUCUGAGUUGGAAUUACACAUCGGUUUCUGGGCUGCUUAUCUAUUGCCAUUCUGUUUCUUCUGGUUAGGUGUCAUCGUCUUGGUUUUAGGUAGAAAUCAAUAUAUUAAACGCCCUAUCGGUGAUAAAGUUAUCGAAAAGAGUUUUAAAGUCGUAUGGAUCCUAAUGAAAAAUAGAUUCAAUUUCGAUAAAGCUAAACCAACCAUGAACCCAGAAAAGAAUUAUCCAUGGACUGACAAAUUUGUUGACGAAAUUAAAAGAGCUUUGGCUGCUUGUAAAGUUUUUCUAUUCUAUCCAAUCUAUUGGACUUGUUACGGUCAAAUGAUCAGUUCCUUUAUCACUCAAGGUAGUAUGAUGGAAUUGCACGGUUUACCAAAUGAUUUCUUCCAAUGUAUCGACUCUAUUGCAUUGAUUGUUUUCAUUCCAAUCGUGGAAAGAUUCUUAUAUCCAACAAUUAGAAGAUGGACUCCAUUCAGACCAAUCACCAAGAUUUUCUGGGGGUUCGUUUUUUGUUCAUUAUCUAUGGUGUGGUCUGCCGUCUUACAAUCCUUUAUCUAUAGAGCUGCUCCAAAUUACAACCACCCAUUAGAAUCUGGUUCACCAAACCAUGUCCAUGUGGCAUGGCAAGUCCCUGCUUACGUUUUAAUUGCGCUUAGUGAAAUUUUUGCAUCUAUCACCGGUUUGGAAUAUGCCUACUCUAAGGCUCCGGCUACUAUGAAAUCCUUUAUCAUGUCUAUCUUCUUGGUUACUAAUGCCUUCGGUUCCGCUAUCGGUUGUGCUUUAUCUCCAGUCGCUAAGGAUCCAGACUAUACAUGGUUGUUCACUGGUUUAGCUGUCGCAAGUUUCAUCUCCGGUUGCUUGUUUUGGUUAUGUUUCAAAAAAUACAACAAAACAGAAGACGCUAUGAAUGCAAUGGAUUAUGAAAAGGAUGAUAUGGUGGUUGCUGAUGCCGAAGAAAACUGUUUUGACGAAGAAAAUGACAAAAAGUUAUGA